CAUGUAUAGAAACACAUAAAUCGUAUAAGCAUCUACAUUAUAUUUAAUAUUUUAACAACUCAUGGCCCUUUCUUCGCCGUCUCACUACGAAAUCCUCGGCCUCACCCCCACCAUCCUCAACUCCCAACAUGACCCCUCCACACUCAUAAAGCAAGCCUAUCGCAGGGCCCUCCUCCGUCACCAUCCCGACAAGGCUGCUGCUGCCACUCCCGCGAUCUCAUUAUCAGCCUCAUCACCCUCUCAGCUCUAUACAAUAGAUCAAAUUACACAGGCCUUCACAGUCCUCUCAUCACCUCACCAGCGCAGCACCUACGACGCCAAUCUCCGUCUCACCAGGGCUAAAAGUGACGGCUCCCACGCCCGUUUUCAAACAGGCAUCGAAAACGUCGACUUGGAUGAUUUGCAGUUCGACGAAGGGGAAGAGCGCUGGUAUAGAUCCUGUCGCUGUGGCAAUGAUCGCGGGUAUUCCUUUCAGGAGUCAGAUUUAGAAGAGGUCGAGCACGAGGGGGUGCUCAUGGUUGGCUGCCACGACUGCAGCCUUUGGCUUAAAGUUCACUUUGCAGUUAUGGAAGAAGCAGAUGACAGUCAUCCGUCGACGCCAAAUAAAAAGGAGCCAAGUUGA